AUGGAAGCGCUACCUGCCAAAGAAGAAGUCGAUGUGCAGAAGACAAAAGAGAUAAUCAAUGAAGACCUUGAGACGAUCCGCGUCAGAGCUCUCCAGCAUGCCAAAGAGGAGGUUUUCCGUGCUGCAGCGUCAGCUAGACCAGUCCCUGUGCCUCCCAUGGUUAAACCUAGCGAUCCUGGCACCACCUAUGACCUCCCAGGCUGUUUGAAGAUUCUGGAGAAGCCGGUUGCUCUAAAGGACCUGUCCGCAGAAGAACUCGAGAAAGUUUUCUUUACCAUCUCCACUGGACUGAAGGUCGGUCUGAGGCAGGACGAAGUACCGGAAGGCAUGCACUUUGUGCCGCAAAUGAUGGGCCUCGUGCAGCUUCUUCACUCAGAGAAAGCAAUGCAUGUUGCAAUGGUGAAGAGUGGCUUAGCAGGCAUGACCUCAGGUGGUCAGCUCCGCAUGGGACUGUAUCCUGAAGCGAUGGGGCUCGCAUUCCUGGACGCAGCAAUUGACAUUGUGAUCGAACAUCCGACCAAUCUCGAGGCCCUGCAGACGCUUUCCACUUUCCUAGGAGAUGGAGGUGUUGUCUACGUCAGAAGGUUCCACGAGAGAGCAGCGCUGCAGCCGUUGAUUGCCAACUUCGUCGCGUCAGAAUUCACUUUAGACGAUCUGAUCCGUCCGAUGGACGUCAGCCUGCCUGGAUGGACGGUCAAGCUCUUCAGUAACCUCGUGAGUCCGGAUUCUGCAUGGCGCGCGGCGUACGCCGGCCAAGAUACUCGAGCUGGACCUCUCUCAGGCGCGAAGAAGCAGGCAGUUGAGGCCCUGAUUAGAGGAGGCGCGGUUCGGAAUAUGGUGCGCGUGCUCGCGCAGAUGGCCGAGCGCGCGGGUGACGUCCCACGCGACGCGCGUCUCAUCGACUUUGGCAAGAUGCUGGGAAACCUGACUUCCGUCCUGGGCAACAUUUCCAACGAGGAAGAAAUAUUCCUCGACGAUCUGAGAUCCGUGCCUGGUGAAGUCACUCUUACCAAUGUAUCCGGACUUGUUCGAAAGUCUUCAUAA